CGCACGGACGUAUUUAACCGUCGAACAGCUGGAUAACGUUAGUUCCGGAAGUGGAGUGUUGUUGUUAUAAUUUUACGCAAAGGAUUUGUGCAUUAAUUUGUUAGCUUUUGUGCGUAUUGGUUUCAAAAUGGGGAAACGACAACACCAAAAAGAUAAGAUGUACAUCACAUGUGCAGAGUACACGAAUUUCUAUGGAGGGAAGAGAGCAGAAAUUCCCAAGUCCAAUUUCAGGCGAUUGCCCUUCGACCAUUGCAGUUUGUCUCUCCAGCCGUUCGAGUAUCCCAUGUGUACCAGUGACGGUGUGGUGUUUGAUCUCAUGAGCAUCGUUCCCUGGAUUAAGAAGUUUGGAACGGACCCCAUCUCCGGAGAGAAACUCGAGGCCAAGUCCCUCAUCAAGCUCAACAUGAGCAAGAACAGUGAAGGGAAAUACCACUGCCCCGUCCUGUACAAUGUCUUCACUAACAAUUCACACAUCGUAGCCAACAAAGUCACAGGCAAUGUCUUCUCGUAUGAGGCUGUAGAGCAGCUCAACAUCAAGACAAAGAAUUUCAAAGACCUGCUGACUGAUGAGCCUUUUACUCGCCAGGACAUCAUCACAUUGCAGGACCCGACAAAUCUGGAUAAAUUCAACGUCUCAAAUUUUUUCCACGUGAAAAACAACAUGAAGGUUUUGGAUCCAGAUGAGGAGAAAGCGAAGCAGGACCCGGCGUACCACCUAAAGAGCACAAACCUGGAGACCCGUGAGACUCUGGCUGAGCUCUAUAAGGAGUAUAAGGGCGAUGAGCUGCUGGCUUCUACCAUGAAGGAGCCCGAGGCCAAGAAAACAGACAAGUUCAACGCGGCUCAUUACUCCACUGGGCGAGUGUCUGCCUCCUUCACAUCCACUGCCAUGACUCCGUCCACCACACAUGAAGCAGAAGCCAUUGCAGAUGACGAGGUGCGUUACCAGUACGUGAAGAAGAAAGGCUACGUCCGAAUCCACACCAACAAAGGAGACCUGAACCUGGAACUGCACUGUGAUAAGGUUCCCAAAGCUUGUGAGAACUUUACAAAGCUGUGUAAGAAGGGCUACUACGACGGAACCAUCUUUCACCGCUCCAUCAGGAACUUCAUGAUUCAAGGCGGCGACCCGACAGGCACCGGUACAGGUGGUGAGUCGUACUGGGGCAAGCCAUUUAAGGAUGAGUUCAAACCCAAUCUCUCCCACACCGGCCGUGGCAUCCUGAGCAUGGCCAACUCCGGACCAAACACCAAUAAAUCUCAGUUCUUUAUAACUUUCCGGUCGUGCACGUACCUGGACCGAAAACACACCGUGUUCGGAAGGGUGGUGGGCGGAUUCGAGACCCUCACAGCCAUGGAGAAUGUAGAGAGCAAUCCGAAAACAGAUAAACCCAAGAGUGAGAUUAAGCUGAUAAGCACCAGCGUGUUUGUGGAUCCUUAUGAGGAAGCAGAUGCACAGAUUGAAGCUGAGCGGGAAAAGGAGGCCCAAAAGCAGGAAGAAGAAAGAGCCCAAACCUCAGCAUCCCUCAGCAAAGCUAAAACUGAGCAAGAACCCAAAAUCUACCGAGCUGGAGUUGGAAAAUAUAUCAGCAAGCCUGCCGCUAAGCGCUCAGCAGCCGGCGACGAGAGCAAACCGUCCAGCAGCGAAACGGCAGUAAAGAAGCCUAAAGGCAGGACAGGAUUGGGAGACUUCAGCUCCUGGUAAAGCAGCUUUCUUCUGGAGGAACUUCGCUGAAAAAAUUACGCUGAACAUCUCGUUUUAAAUACCUUUUAUUUUCUAUGUACUAAUGCUAUGGACUCGGUCAUGGUUAAGUUAAAGGUUACUGUUAAAGAACCAGGUAUUUUCUUCAAUCUUUCAUAGUGUUUGAUCACUGAAACUGUUAUUAUAUGAUCAUAUCACCUUUCCUGGUUUGACGUUCAAUUUAGUUUUAAUGUUUUUUUUGUUUUGUUUUACCUUCUACUAUGUAACAUAUUUCCUACAAUGUUUUUUCAGAAUUAAGUUCAUUUCAAAAUACCUGUUGGGUUUUAUGCAAUAAUAAAUCAGCUUUUCUAAA